UCAUUCUUCUUCCUCCUCUUUUUACUUUCUCUUUCUCUCUCUCUGCCUCUUUUGCGUUUUUCUUUUGUGUAAGUUGUUUAGUCACUAGUAGUUGCUUUGGCACUAGUGCGUACCGGUUCCUGUCUCCCCUUUGGUCUCUAACCCUUUUGCCACACCUUUGACUCAUAGAAGAUGCUUGUAAGAAAUCUUGUGAGAAUCAGUGGGUUGCAUUUUCCAUCUUUUUACUAUUAUCUUUUUCAGGUGGCAUUGCUCUUGCUUCUGGCAUGGAGCAAUGCCGUGAUAAUUGUUGAUGGAUAUGGUGGACAAUGUAGUUUGAAUCCAACACUUGAUCCUAGACCACACAGUGUCUCAAUUCUUGAGUUUGGUGCUGUUGGAGAUGGCAAAACACUCAACACAAUCCCUUUCCAAAAUGCUGUCUUCUAUCUCAAGUCAUUCGCUGAUAAAGGUGGCGCUCAGCUCUAUGUGCCGCCCGGAAAAUGGCUCACAGGAAGCUUCAACCUCACUAGCCACCUUACCCUUUUUUUGGAAAAAGGUGCUACUAUUAUUGGAUCUCAGGAUCCAACUCAUUGGGAUGUUGUAAAGCCCUUACCUUCUUAUGGCCGAGGGCUCGAAGUUCCCGGGGGACGAUACCAGAGCUUGAUCAAUGGAUACCAGUUACAUGAUGUGGUCAUAACAGGUAACAAUGGAACCAUCAACGGCAUGGGAUCUGUUUGGUGGGAGUGGUUUACCUUGCAUACACUGAAUCAUAGCCGUCCUCAUCUGAUUGAACUCGUCGAAUCUGAUUAUGUGGUAGUUUCAAAUCUCACAAUCUUGAAUGCCCCGGCAUACGCAAUACACCCUGUUUAUUGCAGCUAUGUACAUAUUCAAAAUGUAUCAAUUUCUGCUCCUGCAGAAUCACCUUUUACUGUUGGUAUAGUUCCUGAUUCUUCUAAUAAUGUUUGUAUAGAAGAUUGCAUUGUUGCUAUGGGACAUGAUGCAAUUUCUCUUAAAAGUGGUUGGGAUGAGUAUGGUGUUGCCUAUGGUAGACCAACAGAGAAUGUACACAUUAGAAGGGUGACUUUGAGUGCAUUUUCUGGCUCUACUCUUGCAUUUGGUAGUGAAAUGUCUGGUGGUCUUUCGAAUGUUUUCGUGGAACAUUCUCAUGUUCUCGACUCAGAUAAAGGCGUCCAGUUCAGAACAACCAGAGGUAGAGGUGGUUACAUGAAAGAAAUUGUUAUAUCUGACAUACAAAUGGACAAUGUCUAUGUUGCGAUUGCGGCCACAGGUCAUUGUGGUUCUCAUCCUGAUGACAAGUUUGAUCCAAACGCUCUUCCACAUUUGGAUUUUAUCACCUUGAAGGGUGUUAUUGGCAGAAACAUCACUGUUGCCGGAAGCUUUGCUGGAAUAGAAGAAUCCCCUUUCACCAACAUAUGCCUUUCCAACAUAACCUUGUCUAUAAACUCUAUUUCAAGUGCCUGGGAAUGUUCAAAUGUCUUAGGAUCUUCGGAUUUUGUCAAUCCUGAACCUUGUCCAGAACUUCGGAACCCUACAAACUCUUCCUCGUCGUGUUUCUACUUACUGAGUACCAGUGGAAGAAAAGCCUCAGCACUGUGAUUCUCUUUCACUUCACCAGAAGAUUCAAUCUUCUUGGGUAUCUUGUUUGAUUGAUGUCGAUGAAAAAAGUGUACGGUCAUCCACCUUCUAAGAUUUUGGUUCAAUAUUCUUUGAAAAUAAGAUAGUCCAAUCAUUCAUUUGUUCAUCCCUUAGAUUUACAUUCUUGCAUGUUGCGUGAAAACACAUUAUUUGUACAGUUUCAUUUCUUCAUUCAUGUGUAAGGAAAUUUUGGUAGUGUCAUCACAGGAGAACUCAAUCUAAUAGUUUUGUUUUUUCGUGUAAAGCAUGAGGUGGAUUUGGAUGAUACUUCGAUUAAAGAAAAUAUAUUUUGAG